AACUUGGAGGUUUAACUUAUCUCUUAAACGGUGUAAGUUAUACUUGAAAUUUUUACUUUGCACAUAACUAGCAAACCUAUCUAUCAGACCCUAUCAGAAAGCAAGAACACUCAGAGGGCAAAAAAUGCAUCUGGGGGGGUCACCUGGGGAUGUGUAUAAAGACAAAUAAGAUAGAAUCCUCUACUGACUUCGAUAGUCUGAGUAACUCUAUCAGAACAAUGAUCAGAAGAUAUGGCUAAAUCGAGGAUGUAUUCGCCACAACUAAAAAAGAUUAAUAAAAUGUUUCUGUUUUGUUUUUCAAAAACGUUCUUUAUAAGUUCAAUGAAACUACAGCUGUGAGACUCUCUAUGGGUAUUUACGACGAAAUUGAUGAGAUGAGGAUCUUAAAUAUUAAAAAGCGACGAUGGCAUUCCUAUUCCGAUCACGUUAGACAACGUUAGUCGUGCGAUGACGACUAAGAAAUCUGCCAAAUAGUCUGCUACACGUUCAAAAUUUUUCCUUUUCUUUUUUUAUGUUCUUAUUGUUAAAGUUUACAAGUUAUGCCAUGGUGUAUAUGGAAAAUGAGUUAAAAUAAUACCUUUUUGUUUUAGUUCGCUUGAAAAUUGUCCCUUUGGUUUUUCGCAAUUACCUCACUCUUAUUGGACAUUUUGGUUGGUGUUUGUCGAAAUUGCACUAUGGGACUACGAAUUUUGACCCAUUCUCCUGCAAAACAUCUUAAUAGCCAAUGAAAGAAGCGAUAGCGACGCCAUAACAGUCCCAUGGACCAAUUCGGCCCAAAACACACCCAGUCUUUCGUUCAACCUAAGAAAUGGCCGGCAAUUUUUAACACAUCCUCGGAGACCCGUCGAAUCUGUCUUUUCGUGUUACGAAUUUACACAAACAGCAGACUUGGGAGCGUGUUCUUAAUAAAUAUCCUCUUUUGAAUCUUUUCCUUUUCCGAUUAAACAUGGACGACUAACCGGGCUAAAAAUUCAUCCUAGUUGAGAGCGUUCUGUGGCUAAAUGUUCAGUCAAGAAGUACGAUUUCGGCUCCCAGCCUGAAGCAUUUUAAAACUAAAAGCGUCCGUUCAAUUUGGUUCAGAGUAAGCUCCCUCUUUUACGCCGGUACUGGUCGGAGUCACAAGCAUACAUAACCUAUUAUGAAUCUUUUUAGGGCUGUAUGGUUCGCGCCUGCACGUGUGGGACUGGACCAAACGCACUUUGAAGCAGACUAUUGACUUGGGAGUUGGUACCAUUCCCCUGGAGAUCAGGUUCCUGCACAACCCUGACCAGCCGCAGGGAUUCACUGGAUGCGCUCUAAGCAGUACCAUUGUCAGAUUCUUCCAAAACGUAAGGACGUAUGCGAUGACGGGAAAAUGAAAAAUGCGAACAAAACCCAACUUGAACCCUAGCCCUAUUAGUAACUUCAUUUUCAAUUCUAUUCUUUGAUCCCGUCUCUUCAUUUCCCGUUCCCCUUGCUUGUUUCCGCUCCCCGCUCCCCGUUCUCCGUUUUAGUAACAUCCAGCAAGGACUCGAAUAGAAAGCAAACAAUAAACACAUGCGGACACAAACAGCGCAAUCAUUCCACAGCUGUUCUGAGUUUCUCAAGGUAAGUUUUGACGGAGAUCCCGAUUUUUUAAAGGUUUUUUUCGCAAAUGUUAUUUUUUGUUAACUUCCCCGCGGCUUUGCUAGUCUUUUUCUUGAUGUGAAGUAUCUUCCAAGGAGUUCAUUAGAAUAACAAUAGUCGGUAUAAUUAAAGAGCCCGUGUACAUUAUUCUUAUUGUUAACGUUAGCAUACUGUGGUAGAAUCCACGUCGGUGACGAGGCCUUCUCUCCUUAAUAUUGUUACUAAACAAUAGAUUUUCUGUAGUUACAAAACAAGCCAUACAUGUCAUGUCAUAGAAUAUAUGUUAAUGUGGGGUUGUGAAUGUAACCCAUCGAAUUUCCAAGGUAAUAAUGUUCCACUAAACUACCCGAUAAGAAUUUACGUUAUAAUUUCCACCCACUCGCAUCCAAUGCAUUAUCCACUUUAUGUAUAAUUCUGUUGUGAUUAGUGUUCAAAGUAUCAAACGGUUCUUGUAUUUCAGAUGGACUCUUGGAGUGCAGAAACAGUGAUCAGCGUUCCAGCCAAGAAGGUUGAAGGCUGGGCUCUACCGGAAAUGCCUGGUAAGGAAUGCGAGAGUUAGUACAUUGAUUUAUACAAAGUGAUUUCGCAAAGACGGAACCCGGGGAUAAGGGAGAGGGGGAGCACUCAACAAAGAUUUGUACUGGGAGGCUCCGUACCGAGGUCUAACUCCUUACCCUUUUAUAUAACAACUGUAGUAAAUGCACAUUCUUUAAAAUAUGAAUAAAUCACAAAACCAGAACGUUUUCUCGAUUUUUCACAGCCAUAAAAUACAUCUGUGAGCCCUUUUGGGCCUUUUUAUCAACCGAAAUGACAGAUUUCUCUACCCUUUCAUUAACGUCUGCAAAUGAAAUCGCUACCUUUUUAUAACCUGAAGUCUGAAAAAGGUACCACUUUCAGGCAGAGCCUCUCUGUGUAGGCCAUUAUAGGGGGAGUACCCCCCAAGAGACAGGGGGGGGGGUUAACUAACUCACGUUUCUGAGGAAGCGAUCUCCACCAGCCGAGCGCGAUGGAGCGUCUUCCCCUACUUGAAUUACCUGACUCCUUCCCGCAAAAACAAACUUGUAAUGACUAAGGUGGUUGGUGGACGUCGGCCUCAUUCUUUUUUUUUAUGUGUCGAGAGAAAUAACUUGCUAAUCUAUCUAAAUAUUAACCUGACAGGACCCCACUGAUAUUAACUUGGUACUCCCUUAUUAGGUCUGAUAACAGAUAUCCUUAUUUCACUGGAUGAUAAGUUCCUGUAUUUCAGCAACUGGAUUCAUGGCGACCUCAGGCAGUAUGAUAUCACUGAUCCCAAGCACCCAAAACUUGUCGGACAGGUAAAUUAAAUGAUGAGGUAAAUGAGUAAACCCGGUCAUGUGUGGGGAAAAAAAAACAACAUUAUGGCGUUCAAAAUGCUGAAAACAGUGAUGCAAACCAGGAGCCGCUCCUGUGCAAACAAGACUUAAAAACUAACUAACCAGUCGCAUUAUAAUUAAGAACAAAUCAUAAGCCAAUAGACGAAUUGUUCUUUUAUGUUUCUGCUCUAUAACUGUUUAUUAUUUAUACAUUUAUUUUUGUAUAGAUAGAAUUUGCCGAUUUAUGAUUUGUAGAAUAAUGAACACGUGACAUAUCACGUGACUCACUAAAAAGAUAGUUAUAUUUUAAAUUAUUUAGGGCGUUGAGGUCUUUUUGUGUACCAAAUUUCGUUUCAGUUCCACUUUCUUUGCUGGAGUUAUAGCCCAUAAGGUAAUAGAAUGACCCAGGCCUUUUUGGUAUGCAAUGUGCCAAAUACGAUGGCCUUAAGUCGUGAGACUAAUAAUUAUUAUCAUUCGUUUCUAAGAAACUGUCCACCUACCCCUCCCCUAAGCCAACAUUUUGCCCUAAAUGAGAAGGAAGUCUUAAUGUUGGCUUACGGGAGGUGUUGGUGGACAGUCUCUUAGAAACGUAUAAUGAUCCAUAUUUUCAUAUCAUUUAUAGCUGUUUAUUGGUGGCAGCAUUGUCAACGAUGGUCCAGUUAAGGUGGUUGAAGACUCUGAACUGAGUGGACAGCCUGCACCAGCAUACGUGAAGGGCAAGCGAGUAGAGGGUGGUCCACAGAUGAUUCAACUCAGUUUAGAUGGAAAGCGUCUUUAUGUCACUACUUCACUGUACAGCGUAUGGGACAAUCAGUUCUACCCCAAUCUCUCUAAGUAAGUAUUAUUGGUUAUCUCUAUUGGCGUCUCAAGAUGGAUUACUUCGAAAACUUCCUGAACGCGAAUGGGGGGCAUGGCGGAACAUUUAGCACCAUCCGCCUCGCCUUCUCUAAAAGAGGUAUUUAAACAAUCAAAAGGUCCUUUGCAACUUGUCAUCAACGUUGGACAAAACGCCCUACUUGAGAGCGAGAGAUGCAUUGACGCAAGAAAAACAAAGACCUCAUAUCUUUUAAAAUGGUAGUAAUUUUCUUUGUUUGUCUUCUCCCAGUGCGUCUCUUUCUCUCUAGCAUGUGACAGACCAGGGCACGUGACUGACCAUCCGCAAAGGACCUGUUGAAUGUUUAAAUACCUCUUUUUCCAUCGUGGUAACAAGGACUGGAAAUUAUCAACCUUUUUAAUGGAACCCAUUGUCUCAAUUUAUUUCAAUCAUACUCGCCCCCAAGGUGUUUUUCGCAAGGUUAGUACCCUUUCGUUCUAGCCUGACCACAGACGAUUUUCUUUUUCUUUGACAAUUUCGACAACGCGGAAGGUAAACGAAGCGAGGGAGAGCGAGCAAGGAACACCCUUUCUUUGCCCCGACCCUCAAGCGCUUGCGGUCAAUAAAUCCCCAGUGGUUUUAUACGCGCGUUCGACGAUCUCUAAGGAGAAAAUAAAAGCUCUUUGAACAGGCUUCUUUCGUUCUAGAGAAAAGCGUAAAUAACUGAGCCUUGCUCUAUUUCUCCAGGAAAGGCGCCAUGUUGCUUCAAGUUGACGUUGACACAGUCAACGGUGGUCUGACCUUGAAUCCAGACUUUUGUGUGGAUUUCGGUGACGAACCUGGCGGUCCAUGCCUCGCUCAUGAAGUGCGAUAUCCGGGCGGAGACUGCUCCUCUGAUAUAUGGUUAUCUGACACCAAACCCGCAAAACUGUAACAUUUCAAAGAGAGUACUAAGAAAAAAGGCCGGACACAAGAAAGCGCAGAAGAGCUAUACUGAAGAAACUAAUAUAAGCUGGAAUUUCCAAGAAUCAUUAAAAAUAAAACAGUUUUUCCUGUUUGUUAACUGGUAUCUUAAGUUUUGACUAGGGAAUAAAAUGUGAGUCAUACAGAAGUAAAG